AUAUGUGUGACUGAGCAGUUGAGCAUUUGCGGUCGCGGCGAAAACAAAAAUGAAGCCCCACACUAACAGAGGAUUCGCCACGACUGGCCCGCUUCACGUAACAUCUCCUCCACGAGCCUCGCCGGAGCUCUCUCUUCGCCGGCAAUUACCGGCCACAGCACACGUUCCCCGGCGAGUUUCAUACGGUAAACGCCGCCGCACCAGCAUCUCCGCAGUUCUCCGCCGAAACCAGCCCGAAAUUUCCGAUCAGGAUACCGGUAGCUCAGUAGAAAAUGCUGAUUAUUCCGACGAAGCUCGACGGGGCCCGCUCCAUACGAGGCGGCAAGUGCUACUCGCGCCAACGCUGGCGCUGGGCGCGUGGUUUCUGAAAUCGACGGUAGCGAGCGCCGAGGACGCGCUGUCUACAUCGCCGCCGCCAUCACCGUCGCAGACAGUACCGGUGCCGAGAGCAGAGGAGAAGGAGGAGGAGGAUGCGAUAACGUCGAGAAUAUACGACGCGUCGGUGAUCGGAGAGCCAAUGGCGAUGGGGAAGGAUAAGGGCAAGGUGUGGGAGAAAGUGAUGAAUGCUCGGAUUGUGUAUUUAGGCGAAGCAGAACAGGUUCCGAUUCACGACGACAAAGAAUUGGAGCUGGAGAUUGUGAAGAAUAUGGGGAAAAAGUGUUUGGAGAGUGAGCGAGCAUUAUCUUUGGCUCUUGAAGCAUUUCCUUGUAAUCUCCAGGACCAGCUCAAUCAGUACAUGGACAAAAGCAUAGAUGGAGAAGCUUUGAAGUCCUACACAUCACAUUGGCCAUCUCAACGCUGGCAGGAGUAUGAGCCUCUCCUGAGUUACUGUCGGGAUAACGGAAUUCGGCUUGUGGCUUGUGGAACUCCACUCAAGGUUUUAAGGACUGUCCAAGCAGAGGGAAUUAGUGGGCUUUCAGAGGCUGAUCGAAAAACAUAUACUCCUCCAGCGGGUUCAGGCUUCAUAUCAGGCUUCACUUCUAUCACACGCAGACCACCAGUUGAUUCAAAUUCCCGGAGUCAAUCUGUUCCUUUUGGGCCAAGCUCGUAUCUUUCUGCGCAAGCAAGAGUGGUUGAGGAUUAUACUAUGUCCCAGAUUAUUUUAAAGGCCAUGGCGGAUGGAGGAGCAAAUGGUAUGCUAGUGGUGGUGACAGGUGCAAGCCAUGUUAAAUAUGGGAUUAGAGGGACUGGGCUGCCGGCCAGAAUUUCAAAGAAGUUGCAAAAGAAAAACCAAGUAGUUAUAUUACUUGAUCCUGAAAGACAGCACAUACGACGAGAGGGAGAAGUUCCUGUUGCUGAUUUCCUGUGGUAUUCUGCUGCCAGAACCUGCAGCAGGAAUUGUUUUGAUCGUGCUGAAAUUGCUCGAGUUAUGAAUGCAGCAGGCAGGAGGCGAGAAGCCCUUCCACAGGACCUUCAGAAAGGACUGGAUCUUGGUUUGGUAUCCCCAAAGGUAUUACAGAACUUCUUUGAUCUGGAGCAGUAUCCUCUUCUAGCAGAACUUGCUCAACGUUUCCAGGGUUUCAGGGAAAGAUUGUUGGCAGAUCCUAAAUUCUUGAAUAGAUUAGCUAUAGAAGAAGCUAUAUCAUUAACUACUACUCUCAUAGCACAGUAUGAGAAGCGCAGAGAAAAUUUCUUUGAAGAGCUGGACUAUGUUUUUACAGAUACUCUAAGGGGAGUAGUGGUUGAUUUCUUUACAGUGUGGCUUCCCGCCCCAACAUUGUCAUUCCUUUCAUAUGCCGAUGAGAUGAACGCGCCUGAUAGCAUGGAUGCCAUUAAAGGUCUCCUUGGGUCCAUCCCAGAUAAUGCGUUUCAGAAGAAUCUUGUGGGGAAGGAUUGGAGUAUCAAUUAUAGACUUGCAUCUGUGUUUCUGGGUGGUUUAAAAUUAGCUGGUGUUGGAUUCAUUUCAAGCAUUGCGGCUGUUGCUGCCUCAAAUGGUUUGUUUGCUGUUCGCAAAUUCAUUAAUCCAACUCUGAUUAGUGAUCAGGAAAAGAAAAGAACUCCAAUACUUAAAACAGCAAUAAUUUAUUCAUCCUUUCUUGGAACAUCAGCAAAUCUCCGUUAUCAGAUUAUUGCUGGAGUAAUAGAGCAUCGAAUUUCUGACGAGUUUGCUUCUCAAACAUUACUUGUAAAUCUGCUGUCUUUUGUUUCUCGGACAAUAAACUCGUAUUGGGGAACUCAGCAAUGGAUUGAUCUUGCACGCUUUACUGGAUUGCAAUCUCAGAAGAGAGAGUCAUCCUCUCACCAAAUGCCAGAAAUACCCGAUUCUACUAACCAAAUGCCAGCACUGGAAGGUAACAACACGGAGGAGACAAGUUUAGAUGAAAUCCAAAGUAAAUGAGGUGAUAUUUUCCCACUUUAGAUCUUCAUACUAGUUUGCAGAAUUUUCUUUAAAAUCUGCUGGGAGAGAUCUCAAAGAAACGGAUUUUGGUCCUUAGCUUUACAUGUAUCACGUCCCCUGUUGUAAGUUCCUUAAUGUAAUACAGUUCUGUCGAUAAUGGUGAUCACUAUUCCAAUUC